AACAAAAGCAAAGCUCCCAGGACCUGGUUACGCCCCUCUGCGGCUCAGGCUGGUUGGCGGGGGCGUGGUCGGGGAGGGGCUGCGGCCCGGGCCAAGGAGUGAGGGAGAGAGGAAGAGGAGGAGGAAGGAGAGGAGGAGGAGGCUUUUCGCAGGCCAUGCGCGCACUGCGGCUACUGCGACUGCUGAGGCCUACGCCGGCACCGAGGCCGGGCCUGCCGCUGCGAGGUGCCGGAGCCGCGGCCUGGGCCGGACGUUCGUGGCAGUUAUCGCCGCUGCACCGAGCCAUGAGCCAGUACAGCACGGAGGAGCAGGGCCGUCCGUGCUCGGCCCAGUACCGCCUCUACUUCAAAAAUGUAGCUGGUCACUACAUCUCUCCCUUUCAUGACAUUCCUCUGAAGGCUGAAUCUAAAGAGGAAAAUGGCAUUCCUGCAAAGAAAGCUCGGACCAAGGAGCAUGAGGCAGUAUUUAACAUGGUCGUAGAAGUACCUCGCUGGACAAAUGCCAAAAUGGAGAUUGCCACCAAGGAGCCAUUGAAUCCCAUUAAACAAGAUAUAAAGAAAGGCAAGCUACGUUAUGUGGCAAAUAUCUUCCCUCACAAGGGUUAUAUAUGGAAUUAUGGUGCCCUCCCUCAGACUUGGGAAGAUCCUCUUCACAAAGACACCACCACCAACUGCUGCGGUGAUAAUGAUCCCAUUGAUGUUUGCGAAAUAGGCUCAAAGGUUCGUGCUCGUGGUGAGAUUAUCCAGGUGAAGAUUCUCGGAGUUCUGGCCCUUAUCGAUGAGGGCGAGACAGAUUGGAAGUUAAUCGCCAUUAGUGUGGAUGACCCAGAAGCCUCCAAGUUCCAUAAUAUUGAUGAUGUGCGGAAGUAUAAACCUAAUUACCUGGAAGCAACACUUGAUUGGUUCCGAUUAUACAAAGUGCCUGAUGGAAAACCAGAAAAUAAAUUUGCUUUUAAUGGAGAGUUUAAAGACAAGGAUUUUGCUCUUCAAGUUAUUGAAUCUACCCACAAAUAUUGGAAAGCCUUGCUUCAUAAAAAGGCUGAUGGAAGAGAUAUAAAUUGUGUUAAUGUGCAGGUAUGUGACAGCCCUUUCUGCUGCAGUGAAGAGGAAGCCAGAUCCAUAGUGCAGUCGGCAUCAACUGCAGUAAAUGAAGAUUCAAAUUCCAAAGAAGAUGAAGAUAUCCACAGGUGGCAUUUUAUCAAGUACUGAUGGAAAUCUCCAAUCAUCCUUCAUUCCCAAGGGCCACAGACAAGUUCAGGCAAUGUGAAGCUUCACUUUUUUUAUAUCUUGAGAUAGGCAGUAUACAAAUAAACACCGGACUUCCAAA